UGUGCCGUAGCCAUCUCAGUGCGUCACAACGUUUGUGGUGACCCUGAACGGGUAACUAGUAAGUCCACGCUGCCUACGGGCAGAGUGCAGCACAACACUGCUGAUCUGGCAGAGACGGCUCAAGCCGAUUGAGUCCCUAGAUUUUAUCUAUGCGCGAUGGUCGAUAUACCGGGAGAGCGGUCUGGAGCGGUAUCUCAUCCUCUAGAGGACAUCUGACCCAAUCUAUAGCAUGCCGUAAAUGGGCAUCUUAUGUGCGUGUGGCUGGGAACGACGAAUCAAAACAAAGUGCAACGUGCGUCCAGGGCUCGAACUGGACACGCUGAUACGACGAGAGCAUCGCCCGCGGCUGUCCCAUCCCUGCUUCCCGUACCCGGAGCGCAGCCCUCGAUUGCCGACUGACACACUAUCGUAUCGGACGUGACUAGAUAAGCCACGAACAUGGGCACUUCUCGCGAUCCCCCAUUCGGCGACCCCCCGGCUGUCACUACGUAUACUGUCACCGCACGUAGCGCUCUAAUACCGGCUCGCCGUGGUUGAUUCUUGCCUCUGUCCCUCGUAGGCCAACUUCUCUUCCCCGACCACGAAGGUUGUCGUCCCCUUUGAGGACGAUGAAGGUCAUGGUUCCCGCCGCCAAACCCCGCCUUCUCGCGUGCACAGCAGCGUCGGCUACGCUGUGCUUCGCCUUUUACUACGCGGUCCAGGGCGUUCUUCGUAUGCGGGGCAAGUCCCAGACGGAACGGCAGAAGAGUUGGGUGCUCUCCACGCUCUCGAGUGCCACGAUGACACUUGUCAGCUUGCCAUAUCUCUGGCACUGGUGCCAAACCCGGAACGUUGACAUCCUUCACUCGUUCGCCGACUACAGCUGCUGCUUCUUCGUCGGAUACUUGGCUAGCGACCUUCUCGUAGGCUCAAUGCAUUAUCGGUCCUCUAUAUCUCUCCUGACCGGGUGGAUUCACCAUCUAAUCUAUAUCGUACUCUUGACGUUUCUCAUCAUCCCGUACGACUUCUCUUCCCUAUUCGCACUUUUGUGCAUCCUCGAACUGCCCACUUUCCUCUUGGCCGCUGGAAGCCUCAACUCAGCGUUUCGCAACGACUAUGUGUUCGCCACAGUCUUUUUCCUCACCCGGAUAUGUUUCCACAUCUACAUCACCAUCACGUACGCUCUGCGCGCCCUCUCUCCCGCAAGCGGCCCCUGGGCACCCGCAGCCGUCCUCUGGACGCCCACAAUCGUCCUCAGCUGCGUUCUUCCGAUGCACCUUCUCUGGAUGAAGGCCUGCGUUGUUGGCAUCCUCAAGCGGCGACGUCUGGCACGGCAGGCCAAGCUCGCCUCCGCACCCAGUGUCAUGAAUGCGGCCCCGCGUAUCUGGUACAUCCCAGCGUACCUACUUUCCCGCCCGCUCGUCUCGACGGCGCUCGACCAGAUGCACGCACGCCGCCUCGCAAGCACGACGCUCCUCCGCCGCUCGCGCCAGCACGUCCUCCGUCUCUUGCACGACGCCCUCCGCGACGCCGAGCUUGCAGGUGCAAAGGCAGCCGCGGCGUAUACGCAGCAGGUGCCGCAGCCCCCCAAGUGGCGGAGCAUCCGAAGGCGCGUCGCGGGGCGCAUACGCCGCAGCUUGCCCGAAUACGACGGUGUCGCCCUCCCGCCCGUCGCCGCCGAGCUUGAUGACUCAGCGUUGGUGUUCAUGGCUGCUGCUCAGUGAUCGCACUUCUAUUU